UCAGUGAAAGGAGCAUUGAUGCGGCGGGCUGCAGAGCUGGCCAGACGCUGAGCAGGGCCGGGCUCCUGCGGACCCCUUUACCUCCUGCUCCGCGCUUCGCAGCCGCCGCACACCAUGCACCCCCAAGGCCGUGCCGCCUCCCCGCGGCUGCAGCUCGGCCUCUUCCUUGUGCUGCUGCUGCUACUGCUGUUGUCCGCGCCGUCCAGCGCCUCUGAGAACCCCAAGGUGAAGCAAAAAGCGCUGAUCCGGCAGAGGGAGGUGGUAGACCUGUAUAAUGGAAUGUGUCUACAAGGACCAGCGGGAGUUCCUGGUCGCGAUGGGAGCCCUGGGGCCAACGGCAUCCCUGGUACACCUGGAAUCCCAGGUCGGGAUGGAUUCAAAGGAGAGAAAGGGGAGUGCUUAAGGGAAAGCUUUGAGGAGUCCUGGACACCAAACUACAAGCAGUGUUCAUGGAGUUCCCUGAAUUACGGCAUAGACCUUGGGAAAAUUGCGGAGUGUACAUUCACAAAGAUGCGUUCCAACAGCGCUCUUCGAGUCCUGUUCAGUGGCUCGCUUCGGCUCAAAUGCAGGAAUGCAUGCUGUCAGCGCUGGUAUUUUACAUUUAAUGGAGCUGAGUGUUCAGGACCUCUUCCCAUUGAAGCCAUCAUCUAUCUGGACCAAGGAAGCCCUGAGUUAAAUUCAACUAUUAAUAUUCAUCGUACUUCCUCUGUGGAGGGACUCUGUGAAGGGAUCGGUGCCGGGCUGGUAGAUGUGGCCAUCUGGGUUGGCACCUGUUCAGAUUACCCAAAAGGAGACGCUUCUACCGGGUGGAAUUCGGUGUCCCGCAUCAUCAUUGAAGAACUACCAAAGUAAAGCCUCUGAAGUGUCCGUUCCCUGCCUCGUUUGCUUUUUGAAUCAAGCCUUUGAAUGGUUCAUUUAAAUGACAUUUAAGAAAUCACUUUAUGUGCUCAGCUGAAUGAAAAAGCAAAGUUAAAAAUGUUUACAGACCAAAGUGUGAUCUCACACUUUAAAAUAUAGCAUUGUCCAUUUUAUUCCAACUAAAGAUGGUUUCAGGAUUUUUCUUUUCAGUAAUUACUUUCUGAGCCUAUAUAUUUGAAUGCUGUUACAGUCUUUAGUAUUUCCUAUGGUUGACAUUUUGAAACAUAUAAAAGUUAUGUCGUUGUAAGAGCUGUAUAGAAUUAUUUUAUAUCUGUUAAAUAAAAUGCUUCAAACAACCU